UGUUUCCGGUUAGCAUGCUAAGCUACCUCCAGUAGCUCCGGAGGCUCCCGGGAGAUGAGUCCGAGGUGAAGCCGGAGAGCAGCAGCUUUAUCCGGACACACGGAGGCUCUGGCGGCUCCUCGCUGUUGGUGCCAGAGACUCUUUCUCUGCACAACAACGUGACUCGUUCACAAGCUAAACAUGCUAAAGACGCCAUCUUGCUAAAAACAGUUCUUUGGUAACCGCAACAACGGUUACAGCUUCCGGUGCAACUUUCCAAGGCAUCACAAUAAAACGUGUAAAAGUCACGCGUUUAAAACGUCUUAUUGUAGUUUAUUUCUUUUUUCUUUAGUCUGCAGUUACAAAUGAUCAGAAAACAGUUCGGGUGUGAUCAACGUUACGGGUCAGACAUCACUGUGAGAUUUAGUUUGAAGCCCGUCCCCGGAAGUGACCGUUGAUGUUUCGGUCGGUUUGACGCUGGGUUCGGUUGGCGGACUGAACCGUUAGCUGGACCCAAAUAACGGCGGAGGAACGGUCACAGCUGAGUUCCGUAACCAGAGCAGAGAUGGACCGACACCGUAAGCUCAGCUUUUUAAAACCGGAAAUGAAGCUGAGAAUAAGAACAGAUGUCCAACAGCUGUUUGGAAGCAAACAAGAGGUUCCCCCUGAGGAGCAGGAGGGGAGCCCCAGUCUGGACCAGGAGGACCCAGAGCCCCCACACGUUAAAGAGAAGUGGAGCCCCAGUCUGGACCAGGAGGACCCAGAGCCCCCACACAUUAAAGAGAAGUGGAGCCCCAGUCUGGACCAGAAGAACCCAGAGCCUCCACACGUUAAAGAGGAACAGGAGGAACUCUGGACCAGUCAGGAGGGAGAGCAGCUUCCAGGGCUGGAGGAGGCUGAUAUCACCAAGAUGCCAUUCACUCCUGUCCCUGUGAAGAGUGAAGAAGAUGAAGGUUCAGACGUCCAGCAGCUGUCGGGGAGCAAAGAAGAGGUUCCCCCUGAGCAGCAGGAGUGGAGUCUGGACCAGGAGGACCCAGAGCCCCCACACGUUAGAGAGAAGUGGAGCCCUGGUCUGGACCAGGAGGACCCAGAUCCACCACACAUUAAAGAGGAGCAGGAGGACCUCUGGACCAGUCAGUCAGAAUCAGACUGGAACCUAAAUCCAGAUAAACAUUUACAACCACACACCGAAGACCAGACUUUAGACUUGUUUAAGACUGAAGCCAGCGAUGAAGACUGGACAGAGACCAGAGAACCUCAGUCAGUUUUAAACUCCCUUAAAAUUAUUGAAGUCCCUGAUAUGAAAUGUAAAACGAGCAAGAAAACCUACAGCUGCUCCGAGUGUGGGAAAAUAUUUGGCCGCAGCCCACAUCUGAAGAUCCAUAUGAGAACUCACACCGGAGAGAAACCGUUCAGCUGCCCUUUCUGCGGUAAAAGCUUUACACAGAAAGUAAAUCUGACGUACCACAUGUCCGUCCAUACCGGGGAGAAACGCUUCAGUUGCCGUUUCUGUGAUGAACGAUUCACCUGGUAUACUCAGCUCAAAAGCCAUCAGUGUGUUUGUGAGUCCUCGCAGCUCCAUCACAACCAAUCAGAGGAGGACACGGAGACCGGCGAGAAGUCAUUCAGCUGUUCUGAGUGUGGGAAAAUAUUCAGCCGCAAGGACAAUCUGAACAUACACAUGAGAAUUCACACCGGAGAGAGACCGUUCAGCUGCACAGUUUGCGGUAAAAGUUUUAAACACGGAGGACAUCUGACCCAACACAUGUCCGUCCACUCAAAGGAGAACCGUUUCAGCUGCAACGUUUGUGGAAAAAGAUUUACUUGGCUUUACCAGCUGAAGAGACACAAGUGUGGUGGUGAGUCCUCUCAGCUUCCUGAACUCUGGUCCAGUCAGGAGGGAGAGCAGCUUCCAGGGCUGGAGGAGGCUGAUACAUCCAAGUUCCCAUUCACUCCUGUCCCUGUGAAGAGUGAAGAUGAUGGAGAGAAACCUCAGUCCUCACAGCUUCAUCAGAGCCAAACUGAACAGAUGGAAGCUGAUGGAGAGGACUGUGGAGGACCAGAACCAGCCAGGGACUCAGCUCCACAUAGACUUUUACAACCUGAGACUGAAGAUGACUGGACGGAGACCAGAGCACCUCAGUCAGGUUUGAACUCUAUGAAGGUCCCUGAAGUUGGUACAGGAAGUAACGCUGGCAAGAAAUCAUUCAGCUGCUCUGAGUGUGGGAAAAUAUUUGGACGAAAGGAACAUCUACAGACCCACGUGAGGAUUCACACCGGAGAGAGACCGUUUAGCUGCUCUGACUGCGGUAAAACAUUCGGCUGCAAGAGGUCGCUGCUGGGUCACAUGACCAGUCACACGGGAGAGAAACCAUUCAGCUGCUCUCAGUGCGGGAAAAGGUUUGGCCGAAUGGUGAAUCUGAAGACGCACGAGAGACUUCACACGGGAGAGCGACCGUUCAGCUGUCCGUUCUGUGGCAAAGGUUUUACACAAAAGGUUCACAUGACGCAGCACAUGGCCGUCCACACGGGAGAGAAGCAGUUCAGCUGCAGCAUCUGCGACAAGAAGUUCACCUGGCUGUCAGGGUUCAGACGACACAAGUGCGGCAGCGAGCAGUCGGAGCUCGACGAAAGUCAGACCGAGGAGAACUCGGAGACGGAACCGGGUGAGAAACCCUUUCGCUGCCGUCAGUGUGGGAACAGAUUUAAUCACAAGCACAAUCUGAAGGCCCACAUAAGGAUUCACACGGGAGAGAAGCCGUUCAGCUGCUCUGUCUGCGGGAAAGGCUUCACUGCGAGCGGAGCUCUGAAGAAGCACCUGAGGACUCAUUCAGGAGAGAGACCGUUCAGCUGCUCCGUCUGCGGCGUACGAUUCACGCAAGGAGGGAACCUGAAGCGGCACAUGGCCCAGCACACGGGAGAGACGCGAGAGAAACCCUUUCACUGCUCCGUCUGUGGGAAAAGCUUUACGCAAGUCUCCAACAUGAAGCGACACAUGACCCAGCACAGCGAGACUGAAACAGCUCAGCCGCAGGAAGCAGGAAGCGAAGCUGCGAUGGUUCAGAUCUGACCGAGGAUCAGCAGGACGAAGCCCAGAGUCUGCUGCCGGCCUCAGACUUCAUACGGUCACUGACGGCAAACCGUCCGACUAGAGACGACAGCCGUUGUUAUUACCAGUUACAGUGGUAACACAAAUAUGCACACAGUGUAAAUGCAGUUUAUAUACAUACUGUACAGUAUAUCUGCGUACUGAUUACAUACAGUACAGGAGCGUCCUUCCUUUAUCAGAACAAACAUGGUCGUGUCUGUUUGUUCGGAGGCUGCAGAUGAAACUGAUUUUAUUUCAUGUAAAGUAGCUCACCAUUCAUUUCAUUACUGAUCAUGUGAUCCGGACUGAUCGGGACCUGUUAGUUAUCCCUGAGACGAGGGGAACCAGGUUUUCUGUUCCAGAGUGGUGACUUGGACUCGUGGUCCAACCAGGUCAGGUUCUGUUUGUCUCCUCUCACAGAGCCGGACUCACUGUUUCAGGUCCUUGUUGGUCCGCAUCAGUCAGAGUCCUGCAGGAUCUCAGUGUGUCUCUCAGGACCGUCUGAAGCUCAACAGCCAACUCUUUCAGUGCGUCCGUCCCAGAGAACAACUUUUACCGUCCUGAAGUUACUGUGUUCGCAUCAUCCCGAGCUGUUAGCAGGGACGCAGCGAUUACAGGCUUCGCUGGUCCGAUCGUAGUCUGAGGAAUAAUCACGUUUCACGACUAUAAUCCAUUAAUUUAACAACACCAGUAAUGACUCAGGUUGAUUUUUAAUGACAUUAACAAUUAGAUUUCUAUAAAAUGUAAGUAUUCUUAACAUGAGAGGAAUAUUAACGUCAUUGAUCCCCGAGGGGAAACUGUUACUGUCAUCAACUCUCAUCCAUACGUGUAGGUUUCAGUGUGAAUGAUGAGAACGUCUCUCCUGAGUGUGAUUAAUAUCUGGAACGCCGGGAGUUGGAAGCCUACAGUCCUGGAAGUCUGUCAGCUCCUGAUCUGUUUUACACCUGCAACAUUUUCUCGGCGUAGACAGGAUGGAGCGCUAAAUGUUCUGCAGAGGACGACGUUCUUCCAGAAAUACCCUUUCAGAAAAGAAGCUAUUAUUCGCGGCGUGGAAGCCGGGUCCAGCGAGCGCGCGAGCUCGGCGCGCGGCGCGUGUUGCUCGACGCAGCGACAAACCGCCGUGGCGCCGGCCGCUGAGAAUAACGGGCCUCGUCGCGCUGCGGUGGCUCUGAACGGUUCCAGCUGCUGCGUUUGUUUACGCCGCACUGACAGCUCGCCUCUCAGCGCUACGGCUUCGACCGUAAGCGACACGUUUAUAUUUAAUUCCCCACCGACCUGCCGCGUCGUUUAACUCUGUGAUCAUGUGUGACCUUUACUUGGGCGCCGCGUGCAAAGCUGGGCGGUGAUCCUGCAGCAUCAAGUUCCUUUAGCAGGAACCUUUUAACGCAGGUGAUCCGUCAGCUCUUAAAUAACGCCGGGGGGUCGGUGUUGGUGCACCUGAGACUCUGCCGUCUCUCUGCUGGAAAUAAAGCUUCAGUCUGGUCCCUCUGCCAGAGUUUAGCCGGGGAACAGCAGCCUCAGUGUCUCCGAGCAGCUGCUGCACCGCUCCUCUAACUCUGUUUUCAG